UGUCCCUCUGUCCAUCCAUCCCCUCCCUCCAGUGGGGUCUGGCUGGACAGAGAGCUCCCCCCCGUUGCUAUAGAAACCCCCCCUCGAUGCUCGUCAGCCAGCUCCGUUUGCUGUGGCCACCAGCCCUUCCCAGCAGCCUGGGGGGGACAGGGGUUGGGGCCCUCGUUGGAUCCCAACCGCCUGUUGGAGUCUCUGGGGCGCUGUUGGCUGCCUAGGGGCUACGCUCUCCUGGCCGUGUGAAGCCCUCCCUGGGCAGCAUGGUGCUGGGGGGUUUCAAGGGCUCCUGGCUGGCCUUCCAUGUGGGCAUCGUGAUCGGCUUCCUCAGCACCUUUUACCUGCUCAACGGCCUGCUCUGGCCGCAGCCCCCAGGUCCCGAGAGCCAGACACCCCACCCUGAUGUCGACCCCUUCUGGGUCGUCCAGCAACUGGCGCUCCUCAGCGCUGGCCACCCGCACCUCUCAGGGGAGGUCAGCGCCACCGCGGCCGAGCUGUACAGCAAGGUGCGGAUCCUGUGCUGGGUCAUGACGGGCCCCAGCAACCUGGAGACCAAGGCCCGGCACGUCCAGGCCACGUGGGCGCGGCACUGCAACGUGGUGGUUUUCAUGAGCUCGGUGCGGGACGACGGCUUCCCCGCCGUGGGGCUGGACACCAAGGAAGGCCGGGACCAGCUGUACUGGAAAACCAUCCGGGCCUUCCAGUACGUCCACCAGCACCACCUGGAGCAGGCCGACUGGUUCCUCAAGGCGGACGACGACACCUUCGUGGUGCUGGACAACCUGCGCUGGCUGCUGGCCAACCACACGCCCGAGGCGCCCGUCUACUUCGGGAAGCGCUUCAAGCCCUUCGCCAAGCAGGGCUACAUGAGCGGCGGGGCGGGCUACGUCCUCAGCAAGGAGGCCCUGAGGCGCUUUGUGGAGGGCUUCAGGACCCAGGUGUGCAGCCACACCUCCUCGGUGGAGGACCUGGCGCUGGGCCAGUGCAUGGAGAAGAUGGGGGUGCGGGCGGGGGACUCCCGGGACGCCGCUGGGCGGGAGACUUUCCACCCCUUUGGGCCCGAAUCCCACCUCACCGGGAAGUUCUCCAAGAGCUUCUGGUACUGGAACUACUGCUACUAUCCCAUUGUGGAGGGCCCCCAGUGCUGCUCCGACCUGGCCAUCUCCUUCCACUACGUGAGCCCCGAGCUGAUGUACACCCUGGAGUUCCUGACCUACCACCUCCGGGCCUAUGGCUACCGCUACCGCUACCAGCCGCCCCUGCCGGAGAACGCCGCCCGCCUGCUGCAGCGCCAGGGGCGGCCGAAGGCGGCCAAGGUGACGCUGCUGGUGCAGGGCACCAAGAGACUGUAGGGGGGGCUGGGAGGCUGCGGUCGGUCUGGGGUCGAGCGUCCAGAGGCUUUGUGCCUGAGGUGAGGCGGGCGCCCUGGGCGAGCCGUGGCCGGGAGCCACGUGGCAGCCCCUGGACUGGAUGAGGGCGCGGGGUGUCUCGGUCUAGCUCCCGUCCCAGUUGGCACUGACUGACCCCCUUGCUGGUAGAGGGGCGGGGAGACCCCACAUAGAGGGUCCCCUCCGGGGCAGGGGGAGGCCUGGGGUGGGGGGUUCAGCCUCCUGGGCUGUGUCUCUGGUUUCUGAGGGUGCCACCCUGGCCCCUUCCGACAGGCCAGAUCCCUCCGAGCCCUCAGAGAUAACUGGAGCCCGACAGGUGGUGAGUUGGGGAAGGGGAGGCUGGAGCUACAUUUGGUGGGGAGGGAGGGUCCUCUCAGCCUCCCCUCCCCGCCCCCCACAGUCAAUAGGGCAGGGUCACAAGGCACAGGGGAGAUGAGGCAGGUAGCCCAACCACUGAGGAGCCUUUGGGGCUCUGUCUGAUGGGCCCUUCCAGGAAGGGGCAAGUUUGGCUCAGUCCAUGGGCCCUGGGGGCUUUAUAAUGGGGAGGUGGUAGGCACUGUCCUAAGGAGUGAGGGGGCGGGGAGCAGCCAUCUCUCCCCCCCCUUACCCCACAGAGGGGCCUGGAGGGUGUGAGGUCUGAGGAGGGCACAUUUCCCCCUUGUGGGGGGAGGAGGAGGAGCUGGGAUGCCAUGAUGGGGGCACAUGGGGUGGCAUGUGAUGGGGGUGGCAAGGAGUUCUGGGGGCAGGGUCUGGCUGGGCUGGAGAGGGCGCCGGGGAGAGAGGCCCUUGGCAGUGGGGACGCCGAGGCGGGCGGGCAUGCGAGAGGCAGAAACGCUGCCCUUGGCUGGAGGUCCCCGACGCAGAGCUGCCCGGCGCCCGGCCAAUCGCAAAUUGUGGGCGGAGAGAGACCCCGUGGCAAGCCACGGGCAAUACCACUACAUGGUGAGGGGGCCACGGGUGUAUCCACCGCCUCCAGAUUUGGCUGGAGCCCUGCCACGGAUCAGUCUACUGCAUGGUGAGGGGGCCACGGGCAAUACCACUGCGGCAUGAGCUGGAGCCCUGCCAGAGAUCAUACCAGUACGGGUGAGCAGGCCACGGAUCAUACCACUGCGUGGUAAGGGGGCUAUGGGUGAUACCAGCCACGGAUCAGACCACGGCAGGUUGAGGAGGCCACAGGCUGAGCUGGAGCCCUGCCACGGACGGCAAGCAGGAGCUCGGCAGUGGAUUGUACCACUGUGGGGUGAGCAGGAACCCCGCAGCAGAUGGCACCUCUUCACAGCCUCACUUGUGGCUUCUCUUUGUUUUGUGAAAUGCCCGUGGCAGCCCCCCACUGCCACGUGGUGGACUGGAGCAGGGGGGGUCUCCUCACUGUCUUGAUGGGCAGAAGCGAGGGGCUGAGUGGGCUGUGGGGUGAAUAAACACUGCUUUGGUUUUUUUAAAGAGAA